AUGAAUUUAGUUAAUCAGUACCGCUCCACCUUUACUUGGUCAAACUGCCUUACAAAGAUCCAAGAAGGAAAACGUGAACAAACUGAAAAACCCUACAUCAACGCAAGCGGUCAAGUCUAUCCACAAUCGAUGACAACAGCUGUGAAGAUAGCUUUAAGUAAAGUGAUCCAAGAAGACAAGAUCAUGGUACUCGCAUUUGAAUAUUUAUCAGUUCUUGCUCAAGAUCCAAUACCGAUAAAGUACCUUGUUCAAUAUGUUCAGCUCUUUAUGCCUGAUGAAGGAGAAGAGCUGAUAGAAGCUCACAUUGCACGUUCUUCUCUUGUUCUCAUUGCAAAUGAUAGCCACGACAUCCAUGUACACCAGAUUGUACACAGUAUACUGCAAGAAACCAUAAGACCUGCAGUUCAAGGAGAUUUCCUUAAGUUGACAAAGGUAAUCUCAACUUUUUCUUACCUCAAUACAAGUGAUGACGAGGCAGCGGAUUACAAUUUUGUAAAAGCAGCAAGAUACCUAGCGCAACACUUUAAAGUAUUAGUGGAAAUUGUCCAAUCAAAUUUCAGUUUCUUCCGAACAUCAAAUGCUUUGAACAAAGACGAUAGGAUAGCUGUGGCGAAAUGUCUAUGUCGUUCUAUUGGUGAAGCAUUCCUUCUAAAUGGAGAAUUUAGGUCUUCACAAACUUGCUUCGAAAUGUCUUUAGCUUUAUACAAUGACAAUGGAUGCGAAGCAACAGAUAUUUUAAUGGUGCGAAAAAAACUUGGAGAAAUUCAUUAUGACCUAGGAGAAUUUCCUGAGGCCAGAGUAUUUUUUGAAGAAGCACUGACAAGAUUUCAGUAUUCGCUCAAUGACAAUAAUGAGCAAGACUGUAGUUAUUACUUGAGAACAAUAACCAAUCUAGCAAUGACUACAUCACGGCUAGAAGAAUUCAACGAAGCAGAAAAAUACGUAAAAGAUUCAAUAUCACUUCUAGAAAACUGUGGAAGCAGCCCUUUUUUAGGAAAAAUAUUGAAUAAUUUGGCAAUGGCUUCCUACGAUCUGCACAAACACGCAGAAGCGAAAACCUUUAUGCAAAAAGCACUUUCUGUUGACCAGAAAAGAUUUGGCAAGGAUCAUCCAUGUUUAUUCGAGAGGUAUAAUGAUCUUGGUCUUGUUUUGAAGAAAGUAGGUAAAUAUGUUGAUGCCAAGGAAUAUUUCGAGUUAGCGAUUCGAAUCGCAGAAAGUGAAUGCAACAAAAAUAGCCGAAAUUUAGCUAUAGCAUUAGUUAAUCUUGGAUGCUUGUUACGUGAUCUCAAUCAGUACGACGACGCUAAGAAAUGUUUGGAGAAAGCAUUAGAAAUUGAUGAAAAAAUUUAUGAUAACAACCAUCCAGCGUUAACCAUAGACCUCAGUCACCUCGGUUCGGUUCUUCAAGAUCUCAGACAGUACGAGGAAGCAAUGAAAUGCAUGGAAAGAGCUCUUGCUAUUGACGAACGUAUAUAUGAUGACAACCAUCCAAUAUUAGCUAGAGAUCUGAAUAACCUCGGUUCAGUGCUUCAAGAUCUGGAGCAGUACGUGGAAGCAAGGAAAUGCUUUGAAAGAGCAGUUGCUAUUGACGAACAUAUAUAUGAAAAUAACCAUCCAAACUUAGCCAUACAUUUAAAUGACCUUGGUUCGGUGCUUCCAGAGUUAGCUAGAGAUCUGAAUAACCUAGAAGUCUUCAAUGUUUUUCCCGACUUUGCGACAAAAAGCAACAGGGAAAAGACAGGUCUUNCACUUUCUGUUGACCAGAAAAGAUUUGGCAAGGAUCAUCCAUGUUUAUUCGAGAGGUAUAAUGAUCUUGGUCUUGUUUUGAAGAAAGUAGGUAAAUAUGUUGAUGCCAAGGAAUAUUUCGAGUUAGCGAUUCGAAUCGCAGAAAGUGAAUGCAACAAAAAUAGCCGAAAUUUAGCUAUAGCAUUAGUUAAUCUUGGAUGCUUGUUACGUGAUCUCAAUCAGUACGACGACGCUAAGAAAUGUUUGGAGAAAGCAUUAGAAAUUGAUGAAAAAAUUUAUGAUAACAACCAUCCAGCGUUAACCAUAGACCUCAGUCACCUCGGUUCGGUUCUUCAAGAUCUCAGACAGUACGAGGAAGCAAUGAAAUGCAUGGAAAGAGCUCUUGCUAUUGACGAACGUAUAUAUGAUGACAACCAUCCAAUAUUAGCUAGAGAUCUGAAUAACCUCGGUUCAGUGCUUCAAGAUCUGGAGCAGUACGUGGAAGCAAGGAAAUGCUUUGAAAGAGCAGUUGCUAUUGACGAACAUAUAUAUGAAAAUAACCAUCCAAACUUAGCCAUACAUUUAAAUGACCUUGGUUCGGUGCUUCCAGAGUUAGCUAGAGAUCUGAAUAACCUAGGUUCAGUGCUUCAAGAUCUGGAGCAGCACGAGGAAGCAAGGAAAUGCUUUGAAAGAGCAGUUGAUAUUGACGAACAAAUAUAUGAUGACAGUUAUCCAAGAUUAGCCAUACAUUUAUGUAACCUCGGUUUGGUUCUGCAAUAUUUAGGACAGAACGAGAGAGCAAUGAAAUGCAUGGAAAAAGCAGUUGCUAUUGACGAACGUAUAUAUGAAAAUAAUCAUCCAACAUUUGCCAAACAUUUAAAUGUCCUUGGUUCGAUGCAUAAAGAACUGAAACAGUACCAAGAAGCAAAGAAAUACAUAGAAAGAGCAGUUGCUAUUGACGAACGUAUAUAUGAUGACAAUCAUCCAACAUUAGCCAUCCAUUUAUGUAACCUUGGUUCGGUGCUUCAAGAUCUGGGACAGUACGAGGAAGCAAGGAAAUGCUUAGAAAGAGCGCUAGCUAUCAACGAGCGCUACAUAUGA